AUGAUGAACGAUGUUGAAAAUAGAAAGUACGUUACUUUGUAUUAUUAUAUAGGUUACUGAUAUAGGUUUAGAAACUUAUUGUACGUCCUUGAGUUUGCUUUAUGAAUAUUUGUAUAUAUUUUAUUGUUACAGUAAUAGUAUAGUUGAUACCUGAAAUAAGGUUUCAAAACUACUAUAAUAUAAUUUUUUAAAUAUUUUAAACGAUUUUGACUAACUUGGUAUUUCAGCCAGGACAACGCGGAAGCGGCGAUAAAACAGAAGUUGAUCAACGCGGUUCGCCGCAUCCCUCCCCAAUUGUUUGUGUCUUCGAAUCCUGAAAGUGUGAAUCGUCUGAUUGUGAUCGAUGGAUGUAAUGUGGGCAGAGCGUCGUGUGGACCUGGCAGAGAACACGUUAAUUGUCUCGGGUUGCUGGCUAUUGCAAGGUUUUGGAUCGUGCGGGACUUCGACGUGGUUAUCUUCAUUCCGGUCACUUACAAUAACCCCCAGAAUCAGAACGUUGCUCAUUCUGCUGUUCUUCCUGUAUGUUGUUUGUUUCCAAUAUUCUUUGGAUCUCUUCAAAAGAACUUUUUAAUUGACUAAAUUCCUUUGUUUUAGAAGCUGCAAACUCUUGGAAUCCUUGGCUUUACGUCCGCCAGAACUACAGGAACGAGGAGGAGAAGCCACAUGAACUACGAUGAUCUCUACGUACUUGACUUUGCUGAGCGACAUGGCGGAGCGGUGUUGUCAGGAGAUUACUUUGAGGACAUUUUGCAGAACGGUGAAGAAUAUCAGGGCUUCAGAGACAUUAUCAAACGACGAAGAAUCGGCGUCAGAUUCCAUCCGUUUGGAGAAGCCUUCGCUCGCAUCAACAGCGACCACUUCUAUCGUUGUUGUCCUGAGAUUCACACCUGUAAGUUGGUGAUUUUAUUUUAGGUUACACUUUUGUGCUUUUAUUGUAUACAACGCACAUUCUUGUUAUUGGUGAUACUUAAAAUUCAAAAUUGCUUUAGUGUCCGGGAACGAUGACCAAGUUGUGAACUCAGAACGUCUUCAUCCUCGUCUGUUUGCUUCACCUUCUGAUGUCGAGUUUGAGAAGGCGUUACGUAGAAGAGAAUCAGCGUGGUCACCAGAAAGAAGACAACAGCUGCUGGAUGGAAUCGAUGGUAUUAUCCAUCAACUGGAACAAUCUCUCAAUGCUCUUACUGUGGUCGUGGAGACUGUGGGACGGCCAAGAACAUUGUACUCGGAUUCUGGAGUGAAUGUAGGUUCUUGUUUUAUGUUUAUUUAAUUAGUUAAUAACAAUUGUUUGUGUAUUAAUGAGUUUAAUUUAAAAAAUUAUGUUUAAAACAAACAAUUUUAUGUAAUAAAUGUUCUGUUCAGAAUCAACGCCCAUGUGCCACGCGCUCAAGCCACAACUACUACAAUCCUACGCCAAUUCGACCACGAGGUCAGCAAUACCGUACUUCUCCGACCGAUGAAUACAUGGAGGACAACAUUCCACAUCAAAACAGAAGUUCCAACGAAAGUUAUGUCACCGGAGCCAACGCGGUUCCUUUAGUAAGUUAAUGGUAUUCAAUUUGUUUAGUAUCUUACAAAAGUAACUUGUUUAUCAUCUUUAAGAGUGAAGUGUCACCAACUUAUAGCCGUGAACAUAGUCGGGCUCAUAACAGUUCUACGCUGAUGAGAGUAAAUUAUACCCGAAAAUCCCAUAGAUCGUUCAAUGUCGUAUCGAACGGUCAGAGAGACAAUGGGGUAGUUGUUGGUGGUAUUCAGGCAAGGUAAGUUAUAGUUUUGGUGUAGCAUUGAAACUUUGAUUUUAUCGUUUGCUUCAAGUUCUCUCUUCAUUUUAUUGUUAUGAUUUUUCAAUAAGUUAGUUGAAACAUUUAGUACGGUCCGAAUUCAAAGUUCAAGACAACCAAACUACAUCUCGAGAAACCUCUUCGAGCCAUUGUCAACCUUGUCGUCAAGUUCCAGCUCGUCUUCAAGCUCCCCAAGUCCUCCAGAUCGUGUAGAUCCUGCCAUUCAAAGGCUUACGGAUCUCUGGAACUCCUUGCAGGUGGACGGACACAAGUUUGGAGAAGAGUUCCUGAAACUGCCUUCCAAGAAUUUGGUGGAUCUGUGGUUGAAUGAAAAGAAUCAGGAAUCGAAUUCGGAGACUCAAAGUGAAGCCUUACAGACUGUGGAGGAGUUGAAUCAGCUUUUGUUACGAGAAUUCAAUAAUGCUCAGACACAAAUUGAAAGUAGCGUAACCGACCAGGAAGAGGUCACUGAAUCCCUUACUACUACCACAACUACAACGUCACCAACGACUCCUACAUUGACGGUGGAUAAUAUAUUAGAUUUGUUUUAA